CCAGUUAAGUAGGGAAAAACAUUUUACUUUCCUUUUCGACAAUACUCUAGACCAUCAAGACACGUUCACAAUGAGAGUUUUGAUUAUCCUGUUUAUAGUUAUUUGCCAAACAUCUCUUGUUUUGUCUGAAUAUGUAUAUAUCAUCACAAAAUGCAAUGCUGAAAAUGAUGAACAUCUGGAAAACUGCAGUGCAACAGAUCAACGUAUAUGGAAAACCAGCCUGGCAAACUGUAGCUCAUUACAACUUGAGUGUACGGAUAUUAAACACAAACGAUGUUACUCCUUUGAGGAAUGUGGAUUGGCUAAUGAGACGGAAAUUGUAAAAAAUUUGGACGGUUCUAUAGAUUGUGAAUUCAGCAAUAAAUUUAUAGAUUGUUCUAUUAAAUUAUCAUGCGAACACAAGCGUUUUGUGUGUAAUGAACCAUACUGUGAAUUGAAGCACACCGUGCCACACAACAAAUACUGCAAGUUCUCCCACAGCUUUCGUAAAUGUAUCAAAGAAAAUGAGAAAUUUCCAGUCAAAGGAGACAUAACCUGUACAGACACAUAUAACAGAACAGAGUUAGAAACACGCCUUUCAGAUGAAUGUCCUUCAAAACUUGAUUGCCCUGGCUAUCUUCACGCAACAAUUGGCUUAGGAAUUGCUUUAUGCUUGGUGGUGCUUGGUGGUCCUGUUGUUGCAUACAGACUUAUGAAAAGAUGCAGGAAUGGUCGAGGUGCUGCAGCUGACAACAGAUUAGAUGAUCCCCAAGCUAAUGCAGUGCCCAUGCUACAAUUUCAAGAUGCUGCAGCUGACAACAGAUUAGAUGAUCCCCAAGCUUAUGCAGUGCCCAUGCUACAAUUUCAAGAUGCUGCAGCCGACAGCAGAUUAGAUGAUCCCCAAGCUAUGCCCAUGCUACAAUUUCAAGAUGCAGAAGCCGACAACAGAUUAGAUGAUCCCCUUAGAUCAAGUGUAAGCCUGGAAGAACUAGAAGAACUGGAAGAGAGCAGGUCGACCACAUACUGACCCCGGAGGAAGGACAGCUCAAUAAGAUGCAGAAUCAUAGCUACAGAAUCAUAGCUAAUCCGCAGACCACCGAGAGCUCCUUUAUCCCCCCGUUUUUGCUUUCGUUCAUGAGGGCAUGGCCGUGCCGAGCAUGUUAGGCGGUUUUAAAAUCUUGAAAUUGUGUCACUGUCACACAUUCUUUCUGAAUGAAUUAAGUGUUUCAAAGAAGCUAAACAUGUUCGACAUGAAUGGUUUGUUUUGUCAUUUCUAUUUUCAAAGCAAAGUUUAUGUCAAGGAGAAUCUGUAAUAUGAAUGAAAUAAUAUUUUUGAGUUCACUACAGAAACCCAGUAGGGAAACCCUUUUUCAUGCAGUAGUUGAUUUAACCGUCGAGGGUUUGUGUUGUGUGACUGAAACUAGAAUGCCGUCACCUGUGAAAGGUGGUAAACAACUUUCACUGAUUCCAAAACUGUCACUAAGACUGUCACUUCUACACAUGCCACUAAGGCCUGAAAAUCAAGCUUUCAAUCAAGUUUUUUUUUUUUUAAUAUAUAUAUAUAUAUAUUAGAGGGUUAUAGAGUUGUCUGUUUAUUGCAUUUAUGUUCUAGUACAUGAUAGAAAUUUUAAAUCAAACUAUUGGGUGUCCGUCGCUGUGACACAAAUAAUGUGAACACAACAAUUUACUGUAAGCCUGUCGUAGAAAGGACAUGUCUUAGUCUGAAUCUUUUUAAUUGUAGAACUUACAGGUUUUUGUGAAGAAUACAGAAUCAUCAUUUAUAUUACGUGAAUAUUAACGAUAAAGGGUGCCAUGUGCGUAUUAUAGUGCCGUUUUAUUAUAUAGCGUUCUAUGUGACGCUAAAGGAUGAGAACGGGCUGUACAAGACAUAUCAACAGAAGUGAAACCAAAAUGGCCCAGUAUGUUUGUUUUCCGUUUCUGCAGUCCAAAACUACACUUUUAUAUAAACCAAACCAAACUCCGUCCUGUGGAAUCAUAGCUCAUAUUUAUUUUUCGGAGUCAAGAUGCACCAAACAUAAUGGCCCUCAUUUAUCAAAAGUGCGUACACCAAAUUUCCAGCGUACACCUUGCGUACACCCAAAACCACGGUGAG